GAGCAAGCUUCCAAAAAAGGGUCAACAACGUAAAUUCCUUGAAUUGAUAGAGGUAACAUCUGCUACGAAAAAAUGGAAGGCAAUACCGAAAGACAUCCACCUGGGAAACACUCACUUUUUCAAAUGAGGUUAUAAUCAGAUGUUGUACUUAUCGUGUCAAGUCCUGAUUUGCUGUUGGUUUUUUGAAGUGCUUAUCAUAUUUCUAGCUUCUUUAAAAUUUAUAAAGAUGUUAAAUUUAUAAAUUUGAGUUUUAAAAGUCACGUAGGCCACUCGCUUGAACACCUUGUUCCAGAAAAAAGUUGGAGACAUGAAAUCGAGGCUAUGGAGGCAGGCAGGAAGGGACGCACAGCAAAGUCUAGGGCGUUGCCAGUUGCCACGGAUUGCUAGAAACGUUGAAGGUGCAAGUUGGGGAAGUAAACAAUCCAAAAGUGUAAGAUUGCAGAAUGUAUGGGCAGGUGAUCCAACAGUCUAUGCAAGACGCUAUAAGCAGACAUGAUCAAGGGAUACAUCCAGGCUAUCCAAUGUCAAACGCAAGUACACCAACCUACACCAAUAGUUCGUACAAUGGCGCGGCACAUUUCGGAGCAGGACCAACAAUGCAGCCUACAUCAAAGGUUAUGUUGCAUUUGGCUUGCCGCAAUUUGAAAGACACAGAUGUUUUAUCUACAUCUGAUCCAAUGGUUGUUGUUUCUAUCGAGAAAAGAAAUGGCAAAUCUUCAAAAUACUUCGAAUUAGCCCGUACUGAGGUGGUACAAGACUGCCUAAAUCCUGACUUUGUAACGGCUAUCUCACUGGAUUACCACUUUGAAGAAUUACAAAGAUUGCAGUUUGAAGUUUAUGAUUCUGAUUCUGCUUCAGCAAAGCUGAGCGAACAUGAUUUUAUCGGCAGGGCAGUUUGUACUCUUGGUAGCAUUAUGGGAGAAAAUUCAGGAAGGUACCAGAAAGAUUUAGAAACAAAAAGUGGGCAAGCUGGUGUUGGUAAAAUAUUGAUCACAGCAGAAGAGGUAAGCUCAUGCAAGGAUAUCUUAAACAUCAAAUUUUGUGGAAGAAAAUUGGAUAAGAAAGACUUCUUUGGGCUCUCAGACCCUUUUCUAGUUUUAUACCGUUGCAAUGAAGAUAAUUCUUACACCGCAGUCCACAAAACAGAGGUUGUAAAAAACAGUUUGAAUCCUACCUGGCAAGAAUUUUCAAUACCAGUUGCUGUGCUCUGUAAUGGGGACUAUAAAAGAACAAUAAAGGCAGAAUGCUUUGAUUGGGACAGUGAUGGUGGCCAUGAUUUGAUUGGAGAAGCUUACUUUGAUGUUGAUCAGCUCAAGUCAAAUCCAAAUUACUCUGCUGAGUUCAUAAACCCAAAGAAAAAAAUUAAGAAGAAAGGAUACAAAAAUUCAGGACACUUAGAUCUUGUUAGUUUUCAAAUAACUACAAAAUCAUCUUUCCUGGAUUAUGUCCAAAGAGGUACAGAACUUUGCUUAAGUGUUGCUGUUGAUUGCACUGCUUCCAAUGGCAACCCAGCCCACCAAUCAUCUCUUCACUUCAUCAACCCAUAUCAACCAAAUGAUUACAUAAAAGCAUUGCUAUCAGUUGGCCAGAUAUGUCAGGAUUAUGAUUCUGACAAAUGGUUUCCAGCCUAUGGUUUUGGUGCAGCUGUGCCACCAGAUUUUAAAGUCUCACACCAAUUUGCUUUGAAUGGGACAGAGAACCCAAAUUGUUACAUGGUAGAUGGAAUAAUUCAAGCAUAUUCUGCUGCUAUCGCAAGUAUAAAGCUAUAUGGUCCAACAAACUUUGCACCAAUUAUCAAUCAGACAUCUUUUAUUGCAACACAAGCAGAAAAAAGUAGCCCUGGAGGAAAAUAUUUCAUUCUUUUGAUCCUGACGGAUGGUAUAAUUUCUGACUUUGAUCAAACCAAAGAAGCAAUAAUCAAGGCAUCAACUUUACCAAUUUCAAUUAUCAUUGUUGGCAUUGGACCUGCUGAGUUUGAUGCAAUGGAAGAAUUGGAUGCUGACAAAGUCAAGUUGCAGUACAGAGGGAAAGUUGCAGAAAGAGAUAUUGUUCAGUUUGUUCCAUUUCGAGAUUUUACUAAAAAUGAUGGUAUUGCAGGCGAGGCACUUGCCAGGGAGGUGCUUGCAGAAGUUCCGGAACAGUUUCUCGCAUAUAUGAAGAGGUGUGGUAUAAAACCAGGGAUGAAAUUGUAAUCUCCCUUACAUUGUUAGAGAGAGGCUAAUUAUCACUUGAUUAUGUCUGGAUUUAGCCAUGUUUAGUUGCUUGGCAAGAAAUUAGGGAGAAGAAAUUUUUGAAACACUAAGAUUUUAAUAGGUAUUUAACUAAAAUAUUUUGUAUAGGAAGUAAGGUUGUUAACAAUCAGCUGGCAAAAUUACAUCUUCUAUGUUAGGGUUGUUGUAGCCAAAUUUUAAAAACUUUUUACUGGCAAAAAGAGGAACUUUGUUUGACAUUCUUCCCCUGGUGUAAGUACAGAUUCACUAUAAAAAGGCAGUUUUCCACUGACCAUAGCACAGUCAAAGCAUGUCACAGUGGAACAAAAGAAAAUAUAAUGUUCUCUAUUUUCUGGGCAAAUACCCUCAAGCACCUCAACAUUUGAAAUGAUAUGAGUUUUACCCAAGACAAAACACAUUGGUGACUUUAGUCUAACACUGUUAUUCACUUGAACUUUUAGAAGCAGACAGAAGCUUUUUCCAAGCAAACACAAACUUAUAUAGCAUUAUAUUGUAAUUUCAUUUGAAAUGAUUUUUCAAAAGCCUACUUAUAUAUAGCUAUAAUAUUUCAUUCUUUGUAGUCGUUUUGUAAAGGUGAAAAGAUUGGGUAGUCUAGAGAAAUUUUUUGUGAACAUGUACAUUGGGUUACCAGAUAAUGUAAAAUUUUAAACUAAUCUCAUAAUCAUGUCAUUAGCAGAUUGUUGAUUUGUGCUUUUUCCAAACACUGACCUUUUAUUAAAGAUAUACCGUUUCCCCUGUUUGUUAUCACUUCAAAAAUGAUUCUUUC